CGAAUUUUGCGACACACCCCACCCCAAAGGACAAAGAAUCUCACUUGGGGAAUCAUCAAUUUACUUAAAAUUUUGAAACAUCAUAAGGGUGUGAAUCAAUGUCAGUGGGAUUUAGUCUCCUUAGAAUCACUAUUUUCUCUGUCUUGGAUAACUAAGCCAUCCUGUUUCUUCAUGUUUUAUGAAAAGAUCAAAUAUAGGAUGUGCUUGAGGAACAGAAAUGUUGUCUGAACAAUUCGGUUUGAAUGAUGUCAUAAAUCUUCAUGGCAAAGAGGAAGAGCUGGUUUGGAUGGGUGAAAAGGCUAUUCACUUCUGAAUCAAAGGACAACAAUAAGCCAAGGAGAUGGGGGUGGAGUUUUGGAAGGAUCAAUCAGAAACAGUAUCCUACAAUCACAGCUCCAAACAGGGCAUUGAUUGAAGCAAGUGCAGAGCAGAGAAAGCAUGCUUUGACAGUGGCUAUUGCUACAGCAGCAGCUGCUGAGGCUGCAGUUGCUGCUGCACAUGCUGCUGCUGAGGUUGUCAAGCUCACAGGUGCUUCUCGUUCUUACUCAUAUCUUUCCAAGGGAGACAGAAGUUUAGCUGCCAUCAAGAUUCAAAGCGCGUAUCGUGCACAUCUUGCUAGGAAAGCAUUGAGAGCAUUGAAGGGAGUUAUAAGACUGCAAGCCCUAAUACGUGGUCAAGCUGUGAGACGCCAAGUGUCAAACACUCUGCAGAAUUUUCACUCCAAUGCAAGAAAUCAGAUGGAAAUUUUGGAAAGAAGCAGCCAUACUGCUGAAAAGAUCAAGCAAAGUCCAAAGCAAAAGAAAAAGUUAGAAGAGAAGGAACUGAAGUCUGAAUGUCAUAAUCAUAGAACAUGGGAUUGUAGCUUGUUUUCAAGAGAAGACAUUGAAGCUAUAUGGUUUAGAAAACAAGAGGCCAUGGUCAAAAGAGAGCGCAUGAAGCAAUACUCUUCUUCACAAAGGGAGAGAAAAAAUCCCCAAAUAAUGGAAGAAUGUGUACACAACAUGGACUUUGAAAGAGAGAGUUGUCGUACACUUGGAGAGUGGCUACAUAAAGAAACAUGUGAUUGGGAUGUGCUUUAUAAACCAACUCUUCCUUCAAACUUUCUAAAAAAGGAAUUUCAAGAAGAAGGGUUAAGUCCAAAGAUUUCAAUUCCAAGGAAAUCAUUUUCUGUUGUAAAAAGAAGCUCAAAUGGGGAUGAGAGUUCAGUGACAAAUUCUCCAGUUUUUCCCACUUACAUGGCUGUUACUGAAUCCAGCAAAGCAAAGAUGAGGUCUAUUAGCACACCAAAGCAAAGAACAGGAAUUAUGGAUAUAUGCUCCAAUCAGAAUGAGCCUCACAAGGAAAGCAUUUCCUUUUGCUCUUCUUAUUAUGGUGCAACUAGUAGCACCAAUGCAAACAAUGCAAGUUAUCAACAACGACGCUAGAGUGAAAAUACAAAUAGGCUUUGUUUUCACAGUAAGAUGUACAAUCCGGUUCAAUGCAUGAUUUGCUGAAGUCACCAUGAAGUAUGGGGGAGAAAACCAAGUUUAUUUCAUGUCUGGUCCUUCACAUCUUGCAAAUCUUCACGUACAUGAAUGGAGUGCUUUUUUUUUUUUUUUUUCCUGACCAUUUUAUAUAUACAUUUUGAAGAAAAUUUUCUUCAUGGUUUUGGAGAUGAGAAAAUGUUGCUACUUACUAUUGGGUACAUAAUACAUAUCUAAAAUCAUAUACAUCUUUCUCUAUUGUAUUCUUCAUUUAGUUGUCCAAGUUUGCUGUCAUAGAAAAUUGAAGCUGAUAUUUGCAAAAUAAUUAUGGAUU